AUGGAAAGAUCAUAUAUAUUUGAUAAUAAUACUGAUACAAAAAUAUCUAAUGACAGUAAUAUUAUAAAUAAUUAUAAUAACUUGAAAAAUAUAAAUCAUGAACCUUAUACUAAAACUAUAUCAGAAACAUUUUUUAGUGAUAAUAUUCAUCUAUUUGAUUAUCAUAAUGGAUACCUUUUAACUGUUAGUUUUGGAAAUGUAGAUCAUUUUAAUAGUCAAUUUUUGAAAAUUUUUAAUAUUGAUACUGGUAAUCUUUUUUAUUCAGAAAAACUUGAUCCAUCUCCAUGUACAGUUGUUACAUUUAAUAAACAUAAUAAUGAGGCUGUUGAAUUUGCUAUUGGUUACAAAUCUGGUAAAAUCAAAAAAUUAAUUUGUUAUUUUAAUUUUAAUAAACUUUUCAUUGAUACUACAAUUUACAAUGAAAAGAAAAAAAUUCAUUCAAUUUGUUUUUUUAAAAUUCAUAUAUUAAUAUAUUCUAUUGGUAAUGGAAAUUUAAUUAUAAUUGAUACAAAUGAAAAUGUUAAACAAACAAAUUGGUCCAUUCUUAAUGAUAAUGAAAAAGGAGUUAUUAAAAAUCUUAAAAAAGGAAAUGAAUAUUUUAUUCUUGGAAUGAUAAAAAGUCAAAUGUAUUCUUUUAAAGAAGAUACAAAAUCACACAAAUUUUGUCAAGAAGUUAAUGGAGAAGUUAUUGACUAUCAUAUAGAUUACACCAACAACCUAUAUUUUAUUGAAUAUAUUAUGAAAAAAAAAAUUAAAAAAAAGGAAAAAAAAAUUAAAAGUUAUCCUUCUUUUAAUUUUUAUAGAAGUAUGUUUGGAUAUUCUAUAAAUGAAUUAGAAAAGUAUAAAAAAAUGUCUUUUUAUGAUAAUGAUAUAUUUAAAUGUCUUCUCAAGAAAGAAAAUCAAUUUGCCUUAUCAUUUAAUUCAUUUCUUUUUGAAAUUGAGGAUAAAAAUAAUUUUGAUGCUUUUUCUUUUAUACAAAAUAUUUUAUGUAAAAUUCUUAAGAAUGUUAAUAUUUUUGUUGGUAGAAAUAAACAACCAAAAAAAUUAUUUAAUGGGAUAGAUGAAUGUUUGGAGAUAUUUUGUUUGAAAACACCUAAUUUAUUAAUACCAAAUAUUUUAAAAAUGAAAUUACUUUUAGUAUUUAAAGAUAAUUUUAAAAUUAUUGAAUUUUAUUAUCCAAUUUUAGAAUGA